CCGCAUCCUCUAGGGGACUGUGCUGGAGUGAUCUUCAUCUUGUAGCUCCAGGUCUCCAGCGUGGCAGUCGCUACCAGUCGUCUGCCUUUAAACGAAUGGAAUCCUUAUUUCCUCGCAAAAUAUACCGACUGUUGCCUCACAUUUAAAGCCGCUGAGGAGGUACGCGUCCGUAUUGGUGGAAAUUGCGAGUGUUUGGCUUGUUCGUCGACGGAAGACCGCUUGAUACACAUCGAGCGACUUAACUCGGGUCUUUCAGUCCUGAAAUGGACACAGGAAUUGUACCUGAAAAGAAAAGGGUGAGCUCGGAGCGGAGGAAGGAAAAGUCAAGGGAUGCAGCGAGAUGCCGGCGAGGGAAGGAGUCAGAGGUGUUUUACGAGCUGGCCCAGCAGCUACCUCUGUCUCACAGCAUCAGCUCCAGCCUGGACAAGGCCUCCAUCAUGAGACUCACCAUCAGCUACCUGCGCUUAAGGAAAAUGCUCAGCACUGAUGAGCCAAAAUCAGGUGAGGAGAGCGAGAUGGAUACCCAGCUGAACAGCUCCUACUUAAAAGCUCUGGAAGGCUUUCUCAUGGUGUUGUCCGAAGAUGGAGAUAUGAUAUAUCUCUCUGAGAAUGUUAGCAAGUGUCUCGGCCUGGCACAGUUUGACCUGACUGGGCACAGCGUGUUUGACUUUACGCACCCGUGUGAUCAGGAGGAGUUGAGGGAGAUGCUGGUCCACAGAGCAGGCUCCAAAAAGGCCAAGGAAUCCGACGCAGAGCGUAGCUUCUUCCUUCGGAUGAAGUGCACACUCACUAGCCGGGGCCGCACUGUCAAUGUCAAGUCCGCUACAUGGAAGGUGCUCCACUGCUCCGGUCAUGUGUGCCUUCAGGACAGCCUCACAGAGCAGACUGCCAAUGACCACAAGGAGCCACCAGUUCCGUACUUGGUGCUCAUCUGUGACCCUAUUCCACACCCCUCCAACAUUGAGGUCCCUCUGGACGCCAAGACCUUCCUCAGCCGCCAUACAAUGGACAUGAAGUUCACAUAUUGUGAUGAGAGGAUCACUGAGCUGAUGGGAUAUGACCCAGAGGACCUGUUGAAUCGUUCUGUGUAUGAGUACUACCACGCUCUGGACUCAGACCACCUUACCAAGACUCAUCAUAACUUGUUUGCAAAGGGCCAGGUCAGCACAGGCCAAUACCGGAUGCUGGCCAAGAGAGGAGGUUUUGUGUGGGUAGAGACGCAAGCAACUGUCAUCUACAACAACAAGAACUCUCAACCACAAUGCGUUGUCUGUGUCAACUUUGUUCUCAGUGGCAUCCAGGAGGAGAAAGUGAUCAUGUCUUUGGAGCAGACAGAAGAUGUGAAGCCUGUAAAGCAGGAGCAGCAAGAGGAAGAAAAGGUUGUUGUGGAGAGCUGCUCACCAGAGAAGUCUCCAACCCUGCUGAAGGAGGAGGUGGUGGUGGAGGAGAAGAAGGCCCCUGAGCUGGAUGUGAUCAAGCUGUUUACACAAACACUUGAGCCAAAGCCAGUGACCAGCUUGUACGAUCAGCUGAAAGAAGAGCCUGAAGCCCUCACUCUGCUGGCUCCAGCAGCUGGAGACACCAUCAUCUCCCUAAACUUCAGCUGCCCAGAUUCUGACAUCCAUCUGCUGAAAGACGUGCCUCUCUACAAUGACGUGAUGCUUCCUGCCACGAGUGACAAGCUAGCUGCGCCUCUUUCCCCUCUGCCACCCAGCGAGCCCCUCACUGUGGAAACCACAGUGAAUGGAAAAAGUGACAAUUAUGACAGUCCCCCGUCCACACCGGCAACCAACCACAGCCCUGCACAGGUUCCUCCGCCGUUGGACUUUUGCUUAACCAUGGACUCGGACAUGUCUGAUUUCAAACUAGAUCUAGUGGAGAAGCUGUUUGCCAUUGAUACCCAACCCAAGGCCCCCUUUACCGCACAGACGAUGGAGGACUUGGAUUUGGAGAUGUUAGCUCCCUACAUCCCCAUGGACGAUGACUUCCAACUGCGAAGUUUGAGCCCAGAAGAGCCGCUGUCUUGUGGACCAGUCAAAUCCUUCGAGAGUUCACCUGUCAAGCAGGAGGUCCAGAAAUAUCCCAGCUCGCCCUUCAGCACACGUGGAAGUUGUACCACCCCUCCUGCGCCACACGAGUCACUCGUUUCCUCGCCCUCUUCUAUCAUCCUUCCUAAGAGAACACCACAAUUGGAAAAGGGUGUGUCACUCCGGACCCUAGCUGCUCAAAAUGCACAGCGCAAAAGAAAACUGGAAGACAUAAAAGUGAUGGUUGGGAAGGAAACUGUGCUCCGGGAACAAGGGAAAAAACUGAAGUCCACCACAUUGGGCACAACCCAAACUGUAGUUCUGCUACCGUCAGAUCUGGCAAGUUGCCUGCUAGGCAGCACAUCAGAGGCCACCAGUUGCCUCUUCACCCUGCCUCAACUCACUCGCUAUGACUGCGAGGUCAACGCGCCCUUACAGGGUCGCCAGUGUCUGCUGCAAGGGGAGGACCUUCUGCGUGCAUUGGACCAUGUCAACUGAGUCAAUGCUUAGCCUUCCCACUGCUGAAAUUGACACUGCAGUUUCUCCUCCUUCAACCCUCUCCCCAACUUUCUCUUAUUUAUGUAUCUGAAUACGUCCACCUCUGGUUGGCUGCUGGUUGUGCACAUCAUGUGAAGUCUAUAGCAUUCCGCUGUGCCACAGCAGCAUCUGCGUCACUAGGAGGUAUUCCGGCAUCACAAAGUUCCAGUUUAAUUCUUUUUCUGCCCCCACCCCAUGUCUCUUCCCGGGAGUCUCUGAGCACACAGCGCCUCUUAAGAUGACCCUUUUCCAGCAGGUCACCGAGAACCUGGCGCAACUGCCAGCAGUGUAUUGUAAGCUUCAGUCGCACAAUUUAUAUUUUCUUAAAAAGAGAACUAUUACCAGCAAUAUAUAUUAAGCCUUUUUAAACUAGUUGUAAUGGGAUUUGAACAGUUUUAUCUUUUGCUCCCAUACUUGUAUGUUGUAGAGUACUCUUAACAAUGUCUGUAGUAUGAACAUAUUGUUUAAACCUGCUGUGGUUUGAAUGUUAGCGUCAUUUAGUAGCUAUCAGUCUAUAAUUGUGUAGCAGUCCAGUACGUGUCACUUUAUUACUUUCUUGUAUGUGUGUUAUUGUAUGAAUAACAGGGAAAUUCACUUGUAUGUAUGUGCUUCACACCUCCAGCUCUGUCAAAACAUAACCUGGUUUGCUUUGCUUCACAUUAUACAACCUUUGUUUUCCAUCAAUCAUGAGAUGACAGGAGGUCUGUGUUUGACAUACUUAAAAGGGAAGUAAGGGGGAUCUGAAUGGUCUACAUUUUGCAACAUUGGUAAGUUGUCCAACAUUGCUCGGUUAAUUGUCUGUGUAAUUGAUCAGGUAAUCACUCAAUCAUGCCUUGCUUAUUGUUGCUGUCCAACAUUAAACGGCUCUUAUAAUACUGUUUCAU